UCGUGGUUGUCGUCAUACCAGCUAAUAUCAAUCGUAAGCACUAAGCACUCAUUGUACUAGCAUAACGCAGCAUAAAAUAAUAUAACAAUUGCGUGGGUUCGUGCUUGCCAACCCAGACACCAAAGGAAUCUCACCGUCUUUUUGCGCAUCAAAAAAAAAUAAAUAGUGCCAUAAUUAUUAAGUUAUACCUCUUAUUAGCACGAUCACUUGAUAAAUAAGUAUAUUACAUAUAAAUAUAUACAACCGAUUGAUGAUUUGUCUCUGAACUGUUGUGCAAUAAUUCUUUUCUUUACAAAAUGAAGUUCUCCAUUAUUUGUGUCUGCUUGCUGGUGAUUUCAGUAUCAGGUAAACCAGCAGAUGAAGUUGCAUCAGCAAAAAACGUCGUCAGAACUUCAGAUAUGGUUCCUCCGGAACCUAUCCCUGAAAAAUCUACGAUUGAACCUACUAGUACAACUACUGUAAAACCAACUACUCCAUCUCCGGAACCAACUCCGACGCCAGAUAAGACUACAACAGAACCGACAACGACAACAGCGAAGACAACCACAACGACGACAACGACAUUGGCACCAAAUACUACGACGUCUACGACCACGACGACUACUGUAGCACCGCCAAGUCCAGCGCCAACACCAGCACCGACACCCGCACCGACACCUGGUCCAGCACCGGCUCCAAAGACUGGAAAAUGGAUCGUCAGUGGCACAAACCACACAUGCAUUGUCGUUAAAAUGGCUGCGCAGUUUAACGUUACAUACCUAAACAACGAUAAUAAAAAUAUAUCGCAGCUAAUAACAUUGCCGAGUGAUAACAUGACCACAAACGCUAGUGGAGAUUGCGGAGUUAAUGAGCAGUUUAUUAUGAUCUCGUGGAAUUCUACAGUAGCUUCCAAUGAUUCUCUAGUCUUGCAUUUCAACAAAAAUGGAACCAAGUACUCGUUGCAUCACAUUGAGACAUACUUGGCACCUGCAGAAUUGCCCAGUUAUCAAUACAACGAGACAUUAAUGUUGAUGCACAACACAAGUGAAUACCCAAUAGCUGUGAGCAAUUCAUACAGAUGUGCUAAAGCGCUUAAGUUAAAUCUUAAUUCAACUGUAACGAACACAACAGCUGUACUUGAAAUAUCUGAUCUACAGUUCCAAGCUUUCAGAAACGAUAACACUACAACAUUUGGAUUUGCUGAAGACUGCGCUUUCGAAACUCAAGACGUCGUACCAAUAGCUGUAGGCUGUGCUUUGAUAGCUCUUGUAAUAAUUGUCCUGGCUGCAUAUCUCGUCGGCCGUCGACGUAGUCAGGCACGCGGAUACCGUAGUAUGUAAGAUAUAACGUAAUUACUCGGUUAAAUUACUCCCUAAAUCGAAGUUUUUUUCUUUUUUACUAUCAUUUUUUCAUAAAUCAAAUUAAUUUUUCUAUUGUCAAGAUUACAAAUCUUGUUUAUUAUUAUUAUUAUAAUUAUUAUAGCUACAAUCAUAAUUAUUAUUUUUUUGUUUCAUUUAUGUGAUUAUUUUAUAAAUUUAAGCGAAUUUAUUAAUUGUAAAGGUAAAUUGUAUAUUUACCACUGUAUCCUCAAUCAUGAUUACUUUAUCUUAUUUUUGAAUUAUUUACAUUUAUAAAUAAUUAUUAAUUGAUAUAAAUAAUAUAAUUAUAAUUAUAAUAAAUAUACAUGUAUAAAUUGGAUACAAAAAUAGUAUUAAUUCAUUAUUGUUACGUAAUAAAUUCAAUUAUUAAAAAUA